AUGUCUCCUACAUGCCCCUUCUUCAACCAUUCCACUGAAUCAGGGCUGGGAGGAGAAGUCCUUUGUUCCUUCUCAGAAGUAUCAUCUUGUUCGACAGAUGAGGCCAAAUGCUUCUCAGACUAUAUAGCCCUAGGUGUCCCCAGGAGCCACAUGGAGGGUUUGAGGCAGUGUCUAAGCAGAACCCUGCACUUGCCAGGAAGGGACAGUGGUUGGCUGGAUCUCUGCUCCACGGCUACUUCUGUCUACAGCAGUCCCAACCCACCCCCAGUCGCACUCUCCUUCAGUUUGCUUCUCAGCCUCAUCACUACUUCAAAUGACCUGCAGUUGUUCACCUGCUUGUCAUCUGCACUCUCCGACAGGGGGCAGGGUGACUUUAUUUUUCAAGCCUGAUGCUCAGCCUGCUUCAUGGAGAAGGAGAAAGCAAACUCCAGGUUGGAAAUCAGAGUAUUUCAGAGCGGGAAGAGGUUGGAGCAGAGCGACCGCUACGUGAUGAAGUGUCCUGUGCUAAUGUCCAGGCUGGGCCAGGAGCGCACUCACCGCCCACCCACGCUCACUCAGGUGGCCAGGGAGCCCCAAGAAGCAAGCUUCCAUAGGGCAGCCCUGAGCCUGGCAUUUGCUGAGAUGGUUGUUCUCCUCUGGACAAGAGAGAGCCUAUCUGCACAGGGCUCCUUCUCCGCCACCUGUCUGGGGUCUGAACAACUCGAGGUGUUCCCAGUCUCAAGGCCGUCUGUCACCCUAACUGAUGGUCUGGGAACUAUACGGCCUGAGCAGGACCCUACACAGCCACCAGGAAGUCCCCUCCUGCCGGGAGUGUUGUCACAAGGGGAUGUGGCUGCAACUGAGCCCAUGCAGAGGGAGCCUGGCCCGGCCAGCAGGGAGGUCCAGCCGCUGAGGAGGCAUCAGAGAGCUCAGGAAACAUCCUCCGUAAUGGAGGCCGUGGGGCCCCUGGGAAUGGGGCCGCCUGGGCAGGGGGCCAGAGGGUCCCUGGACCUUCACCCAGAACCAAAUAAAGACAUGGAGGGGCCAGGACUCACCCUUGUGAGCCCGCAGCCCACGUUGGCAACCAGCCCUGAAAGUCACACUCCUGAGCUUCAGAAUAUUGUGGAGGGGCUUCUGAGAGGUCCCCUUGCCAGGCUAGUGGAGGGCUACCCCGGGACCAAGCGAGCGCCUCGCCGGGCCACCGGGUCCCAGGAGCGGGGCUGCAGUGAGGAGAGUGGGCAGCAGGGGGCAGCAUAA